GCAGAAGCCUGUAGGAUCUGUGGCAAAAUAAUUUGACUAGAGCGCCACAUAGAAGUCCCAGCUGAAGAGAAAGAGCCCCAUAGCAUGAUGCAACCACCACCGUGCUUCACCCCAUCUUGAGAGAAGUUGGUGUAGACCUCAGGAAGUGGUGAAGCAUCAUGCCUGCACUCAGACUUACAGGCAAUGAGAAGUCUGCAUCGACCACGUGAGCCGAUCGAACUUCCUCUAUACGACACUCACUCUCUCACACACACAUUCUUCUCUUUACUGUCCCACCAUCUCUAACUGUGGGAUUAUCUAAAGACAGCACUGCGACCGUAUCAUCAGGUGAGCAGCAUAUCGCCAUGCAGAAUGUGUCGAAGCUGCCGCCGCCUCCUCUGGUGCUGCCUCAAGGAGCCGUAUCCAUGAGGAUGAAAAGCUCCACAGGUAGCGGUGAGCGUCUGAGUCAAACCAAAUCCAUGGUGAUACCUGACCUGGACGCAGCACAGAAACCACUUAACCGACAUCGCAGGAAUCAGUCCCAGCACAACAGCAGUCAAGGUGUACAGCAGUUACAGCCUUCUUUGCAUGGAGUUUAUCUGAACAAAACCAAGAUCGCUGAAGGAGGAAAAAAAUUCAAGAAAAACUGGAAUUUAGUUUGGGUCGUCCUGUCAUCGAAUGAGCUGCACUUUUACAAGGAGAGCAAGCAAGAAGCAAUGGCCAGUUUGAAACCAGGACUUAAACCAGAAGGAGUGGACCUCUGCGGCGCCGUCGUAGACUGGACAACGGAGAAGUCGAGUCGGAAGAACGUGAUUCAGAUAACCACAAGGUCGGGCGAGGAGCUGCUUCUGCAAUCAGACGACUACCCUACCAUCAGUAAAUGGCAUGAUGCCAUCAAAAAAAUAGCAGACAAAUUGUCCAGUACAAGCACGGGGACCGGCGGGGGAAAGGCCACAUUACAUAGGUCCAGCAGCACAGAGUGUCUGGCCAGACGAUCCCAUGACUCAACAAAAUCCAAAGCCAAAGAGCCGAAAUCAGAGAACAGACGAUCUCUCAUGUUCAAGCUGAACUACAGUGCCUCAGACAGCGCGGAUAAGAACGGCGUGAAGAAUCGCCUGAAGAAGUUCAUCUCCAGAAGGCCCUCCAUGAAAACACUACAGGAGAAAGGCCUCAUUAAAGAUUGCGUCUUUGGAUGUCACAUGUUGAAUUUGUGUCAGCGUGAAGGGACCACGGUUCCCAGAUUUGUCCAGCUGUGUGUCAAGGAAGUGGAAAAACGAGGGCUUGAGGUUGAUGGGAUAUACAGGGUGAGUGCCAACCUGGCCACUGUUCAGAAACUACGCUUCCUAGUUGACCAAGAGGAGGAGCUGAAUUUGGGUGACAGCCAAUGGGAGGACAUUCAUGUCAUCACCGGUGCGCUGAAGCUGUUUUUCCGUGAACUGCCAGAGCCUCUGUUUCCCUUUCGCUUUUUCGAUAUGUUCGUAGAUGCCAUAAAAAAUAAGGAACAAAAGCAGAAGGUGCAGGCUCUGAAGAAGCUGGUCCAUCAACUCCCUAAACCCAACCAUAACACCAUGAAACUGUUGUUCCAUCACCUGCAGAGAGUUUUGACAAAGUCACAGCAAAACCGCAUGUCGAGCCAAGGCGUCAGCAUCGUUUUUGGACCGACUCUUAUGUGGCCAGAGCUGGAUGCAGGAAACAUGGCAGUCAACAUGCUGUACCAGAACCAGAUUGUGGAAUUCAUGCUUACUGAAUGUGUGGAGAUCUUUGGACCAGAAUCCAAGUAAUAAGUGUUUAAAUCUUAAAGAAAACAAACAAAAAAAAAAUGUAAUGAUAGGACUACAUAUGAUAGGACUCCAAAUGUUAUGAUAGGACUACAUGUGCAUUUUUUUUUUACAUGAAAAUAAGAAAAGCUAAUAGGAACUGGUGGGAUGUUGCUUGUUGCUCUUUGAGCAAAUGUAUUUCCUCUUGUUGCACUUCAUAUUCAGGUCUCGAGCCAGGUUUGAUUUGUGCGAUUUUUGCUUCGGGUUUACUGUCGCAUACGUAAAUCGUACAAUGUAAACGAAAUCUGUGGUCUAAAAAAACCUGUGAUGUGAAAUGAUCAGCU